AUGAGUUCGACGGUUCUAGUCACUGGGGCUACCGGCUUGCUGGGUCGCCAGCUAUUCACUACCUUUCAGCGUGCCGGGGUCCUGGUCGUGGGACAGGGAUUCACUCGUGCCGCUCCUCCCACAAUCCUGAAGGCCGAUCUGGAAAAGCCAGAAGACAUCAAAUCGCUAUUGGACGAAGUCAAGCCUCAGAUUGUAAUUCACAGUGCCGCCAAUAGAUCUCCAGACUUGUGUGAGAAGGACCCCGAGCAAGCGCGCAGGGUCAAUGUCGAGGCGACCCGCUCCCUGGCCGAGGCGUGCCAGACUCGUGGGGCAUUCCUCGUGUACAUCUCGACCGACUACGUAUUCUCCGGCAAAGAGGGCGAAGCUCCCUACGAGGCCGACGCGGAGACAAAUCCUCCCAAUAUCUACGGACAGCUGAAGCGCGACGGUGAAAUCGCCGUCCUCGAAGCCACCAAGAGCUCCGGACUCGGAGUUGUGCUGCGCGUCCCCGUGCUAUAUGGAUCCGCCAAAGAAAACUCGGAAAGCGCCGUCAAUGUGCUACUCGAUGCCAUCACAAAAGCACAGGACGAGAACGCCGGCGUGAAGAUGGACGACUGGGCCCAGCGCUACCCGACCAACACCGAGGAUGUGGCUCGCGUUGUGCGCGACAUUGUCAUCAAGUAUCUCAAGCAAAAGGACCAGAUUCAGAACCUCCCACACAUUCUGCAGUUCAGCUCCGAGGACCGAAUGACCAAGUACCAGAUUUGUGAGAAGCUUGCCGAGGUGCAAGGCUGGUCCCUGCCUGGCAUGAUUCGCAACACGCAAGGCAAUGAGCCCGGUGGUGUUCAGCGACCAUACGAUACACAUUUGUCUACCAAGGCGCUGGUUGACUUGGGGAUCGAUGUCCGCACCAUGGACUUUGUUGCCUGGUGGUGA